GAAGACUAGUCAAGUUUCACUGAACGUCUGAAACCAACUUCAGAUCUCUUCUUCUUCUUCUUCUUGAGACGUUCAGAUCUGAGAACCCGUUGCUGCUGCUCAGAUCUGAGCUACGCCGCACCGCACGGCCGUCUCCGCUCUCUCGCUCUGCGGUCGGCCCUCCUCGCCGGUGGCAGGCAGAGCUGCGCCUCCCCUCCUCGCGUGUUCGCCUAGGUCUUGGCCACUGAGGAUGGACGCGGAUGCGCUCCUCAGCGCGGCGCAAUGGGAGGUGUCCAAGGCGCUAGCCCCCGUCGCGAAUGGCGUUCUGGAGGCUUGGGCGGCCACCAGGGGCCUUGAUCACAACAUCGACGCCAUAAGGACGGAACUGCUGCUCGUGAAGGCCACGCUCGAAAAUGCUGCACGCAAGGACCUUGGCGGCUCGGCCAUGGAGAUGAUGCUGGAGAGGCUGCGGGUCUCGGCACACACUGCCCAAGACUUGCUGGACGAGCUGGACUACUUCCGCAUCCAAGGCACGUACUAUGCUGCCGACCUUUCCGCCUUCGUAUCAGCCCGCCACACCGCCAAAGGUGUCAGCAAACUCUUCAACUGUUGCCGUUGGCACAGUACUAAGCGUCGGCAGAUGCCACGCAGCGAUUCCUCCUCGGCUCCAGACGUCAAUCAGGAGGAAACACCACAACUUAUGUUUGAUAGGGUUCAUUUCUCUCGUAUGAUGAAGGAAGUUGUAGAGAAACUGAAUCUGAUGCGUAAGGAUAUUAACGGCGUUCUACAGAGUCGUGACACUAGAAGUCUCCCCAACAUUGCCCAAAAUCGUCCUAUCAGCAAAGGUCAAGUUGAUGAGCCAAACCUGUAUGGGAGGGACCGUAUCAUGGAUAGCAUCAUACGUGACAUCUUCUAUGGUCAAUACUGUGAUAAGGCGGGUCUAACUGUGCUUCUGGUUCUUGGUCCGGGGGGGAUUGGGAAGACAACUCUGAUACAACAUAUAUAUUGCGACGAAAGGAUGCAGCAGAAUUUUGAAGUCAUGAUUUGGAUAUGUGUGUCGGUCAAUUUCAAUCUGGAUAAGGUGCUAGAACACAUUAGAACAUGUACCCCUGAAGUUCGAUAUGAAAGAAGGGGCAGUACAACUGAAGAGCUGAUUGAAGAAAGAUUGAGAUCUAAAAGGUUCUUACUUGUAUUGGAUGAUAUGUGGCAGUUUACUGAUGUGGAUGACUGGAAAAAACUAUUGUUGAUACUUGGCAAGUCACAACCGGAGGGUUCCGUGAUUCUAGUCACAACUCGGUUUCAAGCAAUAGCACAGAAGGUUAAAACAACUGGCCACUCAAUAAAGUUGAACGGCUUAGAAACUGAAGCUUUUAGACGGUUAUUCUUUGCAUUUGUCUUUGGCGAUGAGGGAUGUCCAAGGGAUAAAAAUUUUCUGCUUGAGACUGGAGAUAAGAUAAUUGAAAAACUAAAGGGCUCCCCUCUUGCAGCAAAAACGGCUGGUAGAUUACUCUAUAAAGGCCUUAAUUUGCAUCAUUGGAAAAGGGUCUUAGAAAGCAAAGGAUGGGAGAAGGAGAAUGCUGACAAUGAUAUUAUGCCUACCUUGAAGCUUAGCUAUGACUUUCUCCCUUUUCAUCUGCAACAAUGUUUUGCCUGUUCUGCAUUGUUUCCUGAAGAUUAUCAUUUCAGAAGUGAUGAGCUGAUCAAUCUAUGGAUCGGACUAGAUAUUUUGAUACCUAGCGGACAAAACCAAACAUUUGAAGACAUAGGUCUGAGCAAUUUAAAUGAGUUAGUCAUGCAUGGAUUUUUCAAACAAGAGGAAAUUGAUGAUGGUUCGUAUUAUUUUAUGCACCUAAUGCAUGAUUUGGCAUUGAAGGUUGCGUCUCAUGAUUAUCUUAGUUUACGUCUUCAUAGUGUUGGAUCAGUAGAGAUUCAGUCAACCACCCGUCACUUGUCUAUAAGCACAGAUGAUUUAGGUAAAUAUGAUGCAGUGUCUGGUAGAAGAUUAAAGAGUGAACUAGAAGAACUGAAGACAAAAUUUAAGGUUGAAGAUUUGCAAACAUUGAUGUUAUUUGGAGAAAUGGAUGAAGGUUUUGUCAAGAUAUUUGGUGACUUUUUUCGGGAAGCAAACGCUCUUCGUAUUCUUCGUUUGCCCAACAUGCUUUGUCCGGUGGAGUCCAUGAUAUAUAACUUCUCAAGACUUCUCCACCUACGAUACCUAUCUCUUGGAACAGAGGAGACGCAGAUGCAUAUACCACUUAGCAUCUCUAAAUUUUAUCAUUUAAAGAUUCUAGAUCUUGAGUUGUGGGAUGGCCGUCGUGAUUUGCCCGAAGACAUUAGCAACCUUGCAAAAUUGUGCCAUUUUUAUGUCCCAAGUGAUGACCAGCUUCAUUUUGAUAUUUAUAAUGUGGGAAAACUUAAACUCUUGGAAGAGUUAAAGGUAUUUCAAGUCAACAAAAAAAGUGAAGGGUUUGAACCAAAGCAACUAGAGCACUUGACCAUGCUAAGGGAGCUUGGCAUGUACAACCUUGAGAAGAUAUAUACAGUAGAAGAAGCAGCUCAAGCAAAAUUGAUGGAGAAAACAUACUUGAGGAGGUUAACAUUGGACUGGGAUAGUAAGCGAUCUAGUGUUGAGCCUGGUGUGGAAGCAGCGGUUCUUGAUAGCCUUAAACCACAUGGAGAUCUUCAAGUGUUGUGCAUUAGAGGGCAUGGAGGCCCUUCUUGUCCAACAUGGCUGGGUGAUGAGUUUGCUGUUGAAGCUCUACAUUAUCUUUGUCUCGUUGGUGUUUCUUGGGAGGUUCUUCCUUCUGUAGGGAAGACGCGGAAUCUUCGUAAACUGGUAUUGAAGCAUAUUGCCACAGUGAAAGAGUUUGUUAUAGAGCAAAGCUUUCGCUGGCUAAUCUGGUUUGAACUUGUUGGCUUGGAAAGUUUGGAAAAAUGGGUACCAUCAUCAGACGCUCAUCAUAUAUUUCCCCUUUUGCAAGUACUGAUUAUUAGAGACUGCCCUAAGCUCUUGGAGUUCCCAUUUUCAAACCACAUUGUUUACCGGCCAGAUCAAGACUGGGACAUAGAUUGGUUUCCCAGACUGCAAGAGCUUGAGAUACAGAACUGUCCAGAAUUAUCUUUAGUGCCUCCUAUCCCCUGGACGGAAACUCUAUGUUCUGUGAGUAUAAGGGGUGCAAUGCUACUUGAUAAGUUAGUAUACUCAAAUUCAUCGGAUGGAGUAAGAUUGGAUAUUGUUGGAAAGGAUGAUCUGGGCAGUUUAGAUCAGGUGCUAGCAUUCAAGAACUUAACACAGCUUGAGGAGCUGUCACUCCUGCAAUGUCCACCUCUAGAGUUAAAGCACCUUGUGCUGCUAACCUCACUGAAGAGAUUAAUUGCAGAGAGUUCAGAUGCUCUGAUUGAGUCAUUAAGAGGUCAGGGUGAUGUCGAAUGGCAGCUUCCUAUUGAGCAUAUUGAGAUCCAGGAGUUAUGUGAUAAUAGUGGGAAGGAGUUGACAGAGCUCCUCACCCACCUCCCAUGGCUCUCUGAAUUGAAAAUAAUAGAGUGUGGAAAGAUUACACAUCUGGCUGUGGGAGUGGAUCAGCAAGAAAUGACAUCAGCAGCAUCAGAGGCGGAGAAAAAUGAAAAACCAGAAGCAACAGAGUGGGAGAAAGAAGAUGGGGUGCUGCAGUUCCCUGCCCAUCUCUCCUACAGAUUAAGGGAGUUGGUCAUCUCCCACUGCCCAGAGUUGGUCCUGGUGGCUCCGCCAACUCUUCUUCCUGAUGGAGGGGGAGGACUCCAAGCCCUGCAAUACCUAGAGAGAUUGAAACUAAAGGAAACCCCCAAGUUUGUAUCCGCCUACUUAUUUGCCUCACCUUCCUGUCACCUUUUCCCAUCCUCCCUGCAAUUCCUCGAGCUUAAUGGGGUGGAAGGCAUGGGAACAGUAGAGCCCCUCUCAAACCUCACUUCCCUCACGCUACUGGAAUUGAGGAACUGUGGAGAGGAUCUAAGAUGCAAGGGCCUGGGGCCUCUCCUUACCGCAAGGGGACAGCUCAGUGCACUAAUCGUCUAUGGCAGCCCAAGAUUCUUUGCUGGCUGGGAUCCCAAUCCCAGGCGGUUGCUGCAGGAUGAAGAAGGAGAUCAGCAGCUGGAACUACUUUCCUACCCAAGUUCAUCUAAUCUGCAGAAGCUCUGGACAGAUGGCGUCGUGGGACUCCUUGCCAUGCCCAUCUGCAGUUUCCUGUCUUCCUCCCUCACCCAGCUGCAACUUUCUGGGUCCAAAGAUAUGGAGCGCUUCAGCAACAAGCACGAGGAUGCCCUUCACCUCCUUGCUUCCCUCCAGGAACUCGAAUUUUUCGGUUUCGACAAGCUUCAGCACCUCCCUGCAGGGCUGCACAAGCUUACCAACCUCAAUGAGUUACAGGUCAGCAAGUGCCCGUCCGUCCGGUCACUGCCUGAGGAUGGCCUCCCCAGCUCACUGCAAAAGCUAGAUGUCUGGGACUGUGGCAACGAGAAGCUAAUACAACAGUGCAGGGGGUUAGUGGGAACUAUCCCAAAAGCCAGACUGGAAUUUUAGGACUGACCGAAGGAGUGAACUAAGAUCCUAUGGUUGCUUCAUAUCUGUGGCCUAUGGUACAACUUUGGAUAUCAGCAGUGCACCAGUAGCAGGCCUGAAGACGCUUGGUGAAGAAAACACACAAGGGAGAAUUUCAAGUUGAGGUGGAAGAAACUGACAAUGUUAUUCCGGUACAAGCUGGGCCUGGGGGCGAUUCACUUUCUAAUGUUCCAUCAGAACCUAUUAUUGCAGUUCAAACCAAAUCUGAUGAUAAAACAAGUGAACAGUGCAUUUGUGUCAGUUGAAUUACAACAUGUGCAGUUGCCACUCAUAGAAUGCUGUGCUGCUCUAACUUGUGGAAUAUUGUUAUCUUGGUGAAAAAAAAUCGCCGGAUGAGGCACCUUUUGGAACACUGGAACCAACUUCCACGGGGAUUGAACCCUGGCAAACGGGGCUGAAACCUUUUUCAGUUGAUCCACAAUAUUGGCUAUAGUAGGCCUUUUCAGUCGGCCGGCUUCCACACGUCUUGGUGCUAAUCGUCCUGUGAUGUUUGUGUUGACAUUGUGGCCUUUUUCUGAGUUUUCGUGUACCAUGAUGAAGGUAAAGAUGAAGCUGAAGGAAAUCAAUCUGGUUUGUAAGACCAAUUCCACGCAGGGUGGAUUGCAGGUUUUCCUUUCCCUGCACGCUUCGACCUGCUGUGAACUCACGGGUUUCGUUUCAAUGAAACCAGGUGCAACGCCCCUGUUUCUAUAGAAUACGGAAACCAAGCCUUAUUAAUUGAGCAAAGCAAGGGUCAACUGCCAGCUUCUGGAUCUCAACCCCUCUUAAUAGUAUUGUUUUGUCAUAUACUUAACUAGCAGGGUCACCCGCGCAUUGGUGCGGCUAGAUUUACUGUGCAUUUUACUACUCUAGUUUUUAGGUAUUAUUGUAUGAUUUGCAGUUAUUGGCUUGGUAUUAGACAAACAGUCGAAAGAAUAGAAAAUAGGAUACCAACAUUGCAUCACACCGAAGUUAUUUCGCCAAUGGGUGAAAUGUCAUUCACCUUAAUUUACUUCUACACAAUUGUAUUUUGAAAAAAAAAAUUGUAUUUUACUCCUUACAAUCUGUUCCUUUA